CCGAACUGGAAGACUCUGCAUGAGGCGGAGAAGUUGAAGAAGCGGGCGCAAGCGGGCGCAAACGCAUGCAUGAGAUUGAACCUUGACUCUCUCUCUGACUCUGAGCAGGUUUCAAAUGGUUUCAACUUUCAAGGAACCAAGUCUGCAGGCCUACCUAGUAUUCCAGGUCCAGGGCCCUGGGCAGCUGCAGGCCGGGUCCAAUCAGGGAAGGGUGGUUAGCAAGAAGCAUUCUGGUGCACUCAUGCGCAAAUGUACAGCAGCCAGCUUGUAAUGCAGCGCUAGAACUUUGGGCGGCGGUGUGCCGUACUUUGUCUGUCGAGCUUUUUAAAGUGGAAAAGUCCAGAAUGACAAGAUGCCGUUUGGGCAGGUUGUCGUUGGACCUCCCGGUUCGGGCAAGACAACAUACUGCAAUGGGAUGCAGCAGUUCUUGUCGGCUCUUGGAAGAAAGACUGCAGUGAUCAACUUGGACCCAGCGAAUGAUGCCCUGCCUUGCGAUUGUAGCGUGGACAUUGAAGAGCUGAUCAAGCUGGAUGAUGUGAUGACCCAGUAUGGGCUGGGCCCCAAUGGUGGCCUGGUCUACUGCAUGGAUUACCUGGAGAAGAACAUCGACUGGCUGGAAAAGAAGCUCGAGCCCCUUGCAAAAGAUCACUACCUGCUCUUUGACUUGCCGGGCCAAGUCGAGCUCUUCACCCUCCACCCACAUGUCAAAAACGUCAUUGACACCAUGACAAACAAGUGGAACUUCAGGUUGACAGCGGUCCACCUGAUCGACUCCCACCUGUGCACCGACCCUGGCAACUACGUCAGCGCGCUACUGCUGUCCCUAUCUACCAUGCUCCACCUGGGACUUCCGCACAUCAACGUGCUCUCAAAAAUUGACAUGAUUCAACAGUACGGACCAUUAGCUUUCAAUCUAGAUUUCUACACGGAAGUUCAGGACCUUGGCUACUUAGCGCACCACCUCAACCAGGACCCCCGCUUCCAAAAGUAUAGGAAGCUGACAGAGGGGCUAUGCGAGGUGAUCCAAGACUAUGGAAUGGUCAGCUUUGCCACACUUAACGUCAAUGACAAGGAGAGCGUGUACGAAGUGGUGAAGCUGGUCGACAAGAGCAACGGCUACGUGUUUGCGGGGAUCGAGGGCGACGUGACGGAGCUCUCCAAGGUGGCGGCCGGGGACACCAACUGGGACUAUUACAAAGCAGCUGCAGUUCAGGAGAAGUACGUUGAUGAUAUCAGAACCUCCAGGGACUUUUGAGGACGACCCUGUAACAGCACCCUUUGUCAGAUCGAGCGAAGAUUCGGGUUCAAUCCAUGGGUCCAUGACUAAGGAAAGAGGCUAAAAUCCUUAUUAUUUGAUGAGUUUCGCUCCCAUGCGUGCAUCUCAAGUCACCUACUAGACUUGAAGUAGUACUCCAAGUCUGAACAAAUGUAGUCGCAGAAUCAGGUCGAUUGCAAGCUCAAUAAAAUUCGUAUUGCGCAUACUCUAGAUGCCUCCGAGCAGUGGCUGAACGUAGCGUAUGGCAUGGGAAGCAAACAUCUGAGAAACAUCUGGCUAUGGAUCGCUUUCGACUUAGCAUGAUCUAUUGCUCCAAUGAAUCCUGAUGCGUUUAGGUUGAGACCGGCUGCCUGCUGCUCUAUAAAUGGAGAGCCAAAAGAUUGUUAGCUGUCUACUUUGUGAAACCAUCAGGACGUCCAGAAUCCUGC